AUACGUUUUCCUCUUUCCUUACAUCUUUUUUACCCUUAUAACUUGACAUAAUAACAUGGCUUUAGACGAAAAAACCGCUGAGCCUACCAUCAUCAACGACUCACACAAACUCGAGAGCGAAUUCUCCCACACCAGUACCUCGGACAAUGAGUCUACCGAAGAAGAACUUCCUCUGAGAGAGGCACCCGACGGAGGCUUGAAAGCCUGGCUAGUGGUGGUCGGUUCGUUUUGUGGAUUCUUUGCUUCUCAAGGUUACGGUUACAGUUGGGGUGUUUUCUUUGACGAACUCAACGCAAAUGUCUACCCAGGCCAAAUGACUGAACUCUCGUGGAUCGGUUCCCUGUGGUAUUGUCUUUGUAACAUCACCGGUCCAUUCUACAUUUAUAUGGCUUCCAAAGUCGACGACCGUUACAUUCUCGCCACUUCAUGUAUCCUCUCCUGCUUGGCAAUGAUGCUUGCCAGUAUCACUAAUGCGGUCUGGCAAUUGUACAUUACUCAGGGUAUCAUGUCCGGCUUCGGCGCCUCAUUGGCCUGGUUCUCCUGUAUGCGCGGACCUCAAAUGUGGUUCUCUAAGCGCCGUGGUCUUGCAGUUGGCAUCACUAUGGCUGCAUCUGGUGCAGGCGGUCUUACAUUCUCUUAUAUCGCUGGCGCUUGCUUUGAAACAAUUGGAUACGAAUGGGCUCUUCGUAUUCUCGGUUUCAUGCAAUUCGCUCUUCUCGCUGUCGCAGCUGCUACAUGCUGGCGUUUGAACCCCCCAAAGAAGAACGUACCUAUUGUCGACAUUCAAGACCUCAAGAACAAGAAAUUCCUUGUGCUCUUCUUUAUCCAUUUCAUUGGAAACUUUGCCUUUUACAUUCCUUCUGGAUUUGUUCCUUCUUAUGCCCGCUAUCUUGAUCUCGACCCUUUUAUGCGUAGCAACCUUAGCGCUAUCAUGUCAGCUGUCAUGUUUUUCGGCAAGAUUUCCGUCGGUUUCGUCAGCGAUUACGUUGGACGCUUUAACAUGGCUGUAAUUUGUGGUCUGAUGGCAUGUAUUGCCCAUUUAGCAGUUUGGGUUACUGCUACUUCUGCUGGAUCAAUGUGGGCCUUUGUUGUCUUAUAUGGCCUGUUCGGCGGUGGCUACAUUGCUAUGAUCACUGCUGUGAUUACUGAAGUCGUUGGUGUUGACCGAAUUGAAUCUGGUACUGGCUGGGCCUUCUUUGCUUGGUGUUUCGGCGGUCUUCUUGGUCAACCUUUGGCCUCGGCUAUUGUUGAAGGUGGUAACAACGGUGAAGACUACCGAGGUGCCGUCAUCUUUGCUGGUUGUCUUUUCUUCGUUGGAGCAUGCGCCGCGGCAGUUCUGAGAGUUGUGCAAGGCGGUUAUAAGCUUAAUAAGAGAGUUUAACAAUAUUAAGUACUUUUCUUAUAUAUAUACCUGUUAUUUUGCUACGUUUCCUU